AUGUCAUCAAGCAACCAGGUGCAGAAUACACCGUCAACACAUCACAAUGAAUCGACAUCCCAAUCACAACAAGACACGUCCCAAGUCAGCGAACUUGCAAACCCCUUUGAUGGCAUUCUUCGAACAGAGUCUGGCCGCGAAACAUAUUUUCCAGAUGGGCACCAGUCGCCAGAAGUUCAACGCUCAACAUCACGUGGUAGCUAUGGACUGUUUCCGAUCACAGGGAAGCACGACACCCACACCUCCGGCAAUUACGCAGCAGCUGAAGAUCAUGAACUUCUCGAAAAGGUCGCAACAGGGAGCUCGAGCGACUCUUCAUUUACACGCUAUGGCUCCAAUGGCCAGCGGAUCAGGAAAGGAACCAAGAUCUCAGAUACCGAUGACAGUGAGGGCUCACCCAUGGAGCGCACAGUGACAAAGUCUGAGAUCAAUAACGAAGAGAGGAGAGACCUCCAGCGUGCUCUCACCAGCCUGAGCAUGUCUCGACAAGGAACACGCCAUAGCAUUGCAGAGCCAAACGACCCGAGCAUGGACCCCAGCAGCGACCAGUUCGAUCUCACAAAAUUCUUGCGUUCUUUCAGACACUACCUCGAGGAAGAGGGAGUUGAGAUGAAGCAGCUUUCUGUUGUCUACAAGAACCUUAGUGUGUUCGGAUCGGGCGCAGCACUGCAGCUGCAGAAGACUGUCACAGAUAUGCUUUUGGCACCUCUUCGACCACAGGAGUUCUUUAGCUUUGGCAAGAAGGACCGCAAGCAAAUUCUUCACAGUUUUGAUGGCAUCAUCAAGGCUGGUGAGCUUUGCGUGGUUCUUGGUCGCCCCGGAUCUGGAUGUUCCACUCUUUUGAAGGCGUUGACUGGUGAGCUUCACGGCCUCGAGAUCGAUGGAUCUGAAGUUCAUUACAAUGGUAUUGAGCAGCACAAGGUCAUUAAGGAGUUCAAGGGAGAGACAGUGUACAACCAAGAGGUUGAUAAGCACUUCCCUCACCUGACGGUCAGCCAAACCUUGUCUUUCGCAGCUGCGGUCCGUACCCCGUCACACCGGCCCCACGAAACUUCCCGCAAGGACUUCGCCAAGUACAGCGCAGAGGUCGUAAUGGCUGUGCUUGGUCUGAGCCACACAUACAACACUAAAGUCGGAAACGACUUUGUUCGUGGAGUCAGUGGUGGAGAGAGGAAGCGUGUCUCCGUUGCAGAAAUGCUGCUCGCUGGUGCUCCUUUCGCCUCUUGGGACAACAGUACCCGCGGUCUGGAUUCGGCUACUGCGCUCAAGUUUGUUCGCUCAUUGCGAAUUGGAUCUGACAUGACUGGCGGAGCCGCCGCAGUUGCCAUCUACCAAGCCUCCCAGUCAGUGUACGAUUGCUUCGAUAAGGCAGCAGUCUUGUAUGAAGGUCGCCAGAUUUACUUCGGCCCAGCCAAUAAAGCACGAAGCUACUUUGAGCGCCAGGGUUGGUACUGUCCUCCUCGUCAAACCACCGGUGAUUUCUUAACAGCUGUCACCAACUCUGACGAGCGACAACCCGCCAAGGGCUGGGAGAAUAAAGUUCCUCGCACACCAGAAGACUUCGAGAGGUACUGGCGCGAAUCACCCGAGUACCAGAGAUUGCUCAAGGAAAUCCAGGAGUUCGAGCAGGAGAAUCCUGUUGGUCAACACUCUACACUCCACGAGUUUCGUCAGAAGAAGAACUACAUCCAGGCCAAGCACACACGCCCCAAGUCUCCGUAUCUAAUCAGCAUUCCCAUGCAGAUCAAGCUCAACACCGUUCGAGCAUACCAGCGAAUUUGGGGCGACUUUGCCUCCACCGCCACUCAGGCAAUGCUCAACCUCAUUAUCGCUCUCAUUGUCGGUUCGAUCUACUUCGGUCAUUCGCAAGGCACAAGCUCUUUCCAGGGCAGGGGUGCUGUUCUGUUUUUGGCUGUGCUCUUCAACGCCCUGACUUCCAUUGGUGAAAUCAGUGGACUGUACUCCCAAAGGCCUAUCGUCGAAAAGCACAACUCUUACGCGUUCUACCAUCCAGCUACAGAGGCCAUAGCAGGCAUCGUCGCAGACGUACCUGUCAAGCUACUGCAAGCAACCGUGUUCAACAUCGUCUUGUACUUCCUUGCUCAGCUUCGGUACACACCUGGUCAAUUCUUCCUCUACUUCCUGAUCACCUAUAUUACCACCUUUGUCAUGGCUGCUAUCUUCCGUUCGACAGCUGCUUUAACGAAGACAGCAUCGCAAGCCAUGGCGUUAGCAGGAGUCUUGGUCCUCUUCCUCGUCAUCUACACUGGAUUCGUCAUUCGCAUUCCGUCUAUGCAUCCCUGGUUCUCUUGGAUUCGAUGGAUCAAUCCGGUAUUCUACGCUUUCGAAAUCUUGGUUGCUAACGAAUUCCACGGUGUCCAAUUUCCUUGUGAUCAAUUUAUCCCGAUGGGACCAGGAUACACGCAAACCGGCACCAAUUUUAUCUGCAACUCGCAAGGAGCAACUGCAGGACAGGCAUUCGUCUCCGGCGACGAUUUUAUUGCAGUUGCCUAUGAGUAUUCCUUCUCUCACGUUUGGAGAAAUUUCGGCAUCCUCGUCGCUUUCUUAAUCUUCUUCAUGGUCAUCUACUUCGUCGCUGUCGAGCUCAACUCGUCUACCACCAACACUGCCGAACAGCUCGUCUUUCAGCGUGGCCAUGUUCCCGCCUACAUGCAAGAGAAGGGUGGCAAGCAGUCUUUCGAAGAGGUUGCUGCCAAGCCCGCUGCUCAGGCUGAAGGUGGAGAGACCGAUGUCAGCGCUAUCGAAGAGUCCAAGGGUAUCUUCACGUGGAGAGAUGUUGUGUACGACAUCGAGAUCAAGGGGGAGCCUCGCCGACUGUUAGACCAUGUUUCCGGUUACUGCAAGCCCGGAAGUUUGACGGCUCUCAUGGGUGUCAGUGGUGCUGGCAAAACGACUCUUCUCGACUCGCUCGCCCAACGAACUACCAUGGGCGUCAUCACCGGUGAUAUGCUUGUCAAUGGAAAGCCUCUUGAUCCGAGUUUCCAACGUUCCACAGGCUACGUCCAACAGCAGGACCUGCAUCUCGAGACCAGCACCGUUCGCGAGGCGCUUCGGUUUUCAGCCUUUUUGCGUCAGCCUAAGUCGGUGCCCAAGCAGGAGAAGUACGACUAUGUUGAGGAGGUUAUCAAGAUGUUGAACAUGGAAGAAUUCGCUAAUGCCGUUGUUGGUGUGCCUGGAGAGGGUCUCAACGUUGAGCAGCGCAAGCUUCUCACGAUUGGCGUGGAAUUGGCAGCCAAGCCGAAGCUUCUGCUCUUCCUUGAUGAGCCUACUUCUGGUCUUGAUAGUCAGAGCUCUUGGUCCAUUAUAUCCUUCCUUCGCAAGCUUGCGUCUGCGGGACAGGCCAUCUUGUGCACUAUCCAUCAGCCAAGCGCCAUUCUGUUCCAGGAGUUUGACCGCCUUCUGUUCCUGGCCAAGGGCGGAAAGACAGUCUACUUUGGUCCGAUCGGAGAGAACUCGCAGAAGCUCCUCCACUACUUCGAAAACAGUGGUGCUCGCAAGUGUGGAGAGGACGAAAACCCUGCAGAGUAUAUGUUGGAGAUUGUCAAUUCCGGAAAGAAUGAUCAAGGAGAAGACUGGUUCGAAGUCUGGAAGAAGAGCGAAGAAGCCGAACAGGUGCAGCGCGAGAUCGACCAGAUUCACGAAGAGACAAGCCACUCCAACCUCAACAUUGCCGAGGAGACUGGCGGCACCGAAUUUGCUAUGCCACUCUGGACUCAGGUGUGGGAGUGCACAUACCGUGUGUUCCAACAAUACUGGAGGAUGCCCGAAUAUGUACUCGCCAAGAUUGCUCUGUGUGUCGUCGCUGGUCUCUUCAUCGGUUUCUCGUUUUACGGCGCCAACAGCACUCAAGCUGGCAUGCAGAACAUCAUCUUCAGUGUGUUCAUGUUGACCACCAUCUUCUCCUCCCUUGUCCAGCAGAUCCAGCCGCUCUUCAUCACUCAGCGCAACCUUUACGAGAGCCGCGAGCGCCCUAGCAAGGCCUACUCUUGGGUCGCUUUCAUGAUUGCCAAUAUCGUAGUCGAGCUGCCAUAUGGUAUCGUCGCCGGUGUUCUCAUGUUUGCGUCAUUCUACUACCCAGUAGUCGGUGCAGGGCAGGCCAGUGCACGCCAGGGCCUGGUUCUUAUGUUCUCGAUCCAGCUCCUUGUAUACACGUCAUCUUUCGCAGCCAUGACCAUUGCUGCUCUGCCGAACGCCGAGACAGCUUCCGGAUUGGUCUCGCUCUUGACAUUGAUGUCUAUCCUCUUCAACGGAGUUCUGCAAACCCCCAGCAACCUUCCAGGGUUCUGGAUCUUCAUGUACCGGGUUUCGCCUUUUACGUACUGGAUUAGUGGGAUCGUCUCCACUAUGCUGGCAGGUCGCGAGGUCGUUUGCAGCUCCACAGAAGUAUCCAUCUUCGACCCACCAUCUGGCCAAACUUGCGGUCAAUACCUUGGCCCCUAUGCUCAAGCCGCAAUGGGAACUAUUCAGAACCCCAAUGCGACUGCAUCGUGCCAGUACUGCGCUCUUUCGAGUGCCGACCAAUUCUUGGCCGGCAGCAGUAUCUAUUACAGCGAACGCUGGAGGAACUUUGGCAUUAUGUUUGCUUUCAUAUCUUUCAACGUCUUCCUCGCUCUGCUUUCCUACUGGCUUUUCCGGGUUGUAAACCUUAGCAACUUCACAGCCAAGUUCCACAAGACCAAGAAAGGCGCGAAGACAAAACGCGCUGCGGAGAAAACCGCAGAUGGUGUGGGUGAGGCAGCAAGGCAAGGCGCGCACCCCGGAAACCGAUCCGGGGAGAAGGACACAGCGUAA